CACACACACACACACACACACAAACACACACAAGUUUCAACCAACAACCUAAGCACCAACCCGCCUGAGAGUGCCUGCCCACCGUGAAAAAGGCGGGGUAGAACGCCCCCACCCCAUGGGCUAAUUGCAUGUGUUGGUUGUCGUCCCAUCCCAGGUUGAGCCGUUUUACCAUGAAGCAUCAGUCUCGACCCCGCCCGACCGUCAUCUCGGCCUCGGAUUGCUCCAAGUCCUCGGAUUGGCCGGGCCCCGUAUAGCUCACGCCGUCGGUCUCACCGUUGACCGGGCCGGCCCCGGAACGCUGACCACCGGCCGAGAUCCUUGGACGGCUGCCCCGCCGGAUUGAGUCGAUUUGAGGUGCGCCCAUGAAGUCCACCCCCGACGGCCUGGCUGCCCCGAGGAAUCUGACCCACACCAGCAGUCUCCUCUCCCCCGCAGCGCCAGCCGCCGCCCUCGAUCCCUCGCCCGCCCCUCUCGCCCCGCCCGGCGAUUCCGCCAUGGCGCCUUCCAUCGCGCCCAUUGCUCCGCCAUCGGCCGGCUUGAGUGAUGUGGCCUUGGCCGGAGGUGGCGUUGGCGGGGAUGGUGAUGGCGGCGGUGUGUCCUUGCGCACAAUCUUACAGAAUUUUCUGAAUCACGUGGAAACGCUGGAGGGCGAAGUGCAGGCUGGUGAGACCACCUAUGAGAAGGAGUUUCUCCAGUUGAAGGCCUUCAGUGACAGCCUCAAGCACUUGACCGAAUUUUCAUGCGCUCAAGGCGAAAUUGAGGUCAAUCGGAAGAAGAAUCGUUACAAAGAUAUCUUGCCCUUUGAUCAGACACGGGUCCUAUUGUCCGAUUACCCGGGUGUGCCCGGCUCGGACUAUAUCAAUGCCAAUUUCAUUAAAGGAGCCUCGGGCUCCAACGCUUAUAUCGCAGCCCAGGGCCCGUUGCCCCACACCGUCAACGAUUUCUGGCGCAUGGUGGUCGAAACUGAGGUUCAAGUGGUGGUGAUGGCCUGCAAUGAGACCGAGGCCGGCAAGCACAAGUGCGAACGUUAUUGGAAUGAACCCGAUGAAUGUGAGGCCGAGCGUCAAUUCGGCAAGUUCUUCGUUCAGACGCUCAAAAUGCGCGAAAUUUGUCCAGACUUUUUGGUUCGAACCAUGCGAUUGCGUUGGACCUCCGAGCGCGGCAAUCCCGAGGAACGCACCGUGUGCCAGUUCCAUUAUUCGGCUUGGCCCGAUCACGGGAUCCCCACCCAGGUCAAACCCUUAUUGGAAAUGGUGCGCCUCAUUCGCGAUUGUCAAGCCAGUGAAACCCUACCCGUGCUUAUUCACUGCUCGGCCGGGUGUGGGCGGACCGGCACGAUUUGUGCCAUCGAUUUUAUUUGGGGAUUGCUUCGAACUGGGAAACUGACUAGUGACUUUAGUUUGUUCGAACUAGUUCGCGAUAUGCGGAAACAACGCGUGGCUAUGGUUCAAACUGUCGACCAAUACAUUCUGGUCCAUCGAGCCGUGCGGGAGCUCUUCCUUGAGCAGCUUAGAGUCAUCGAUUCCCAUCCUUAUGAAAAUGUAGACGAUGAAGGCAACCCAUUGGGGCGAAGCUCAGACGACGAGGCUCCGGAUUAUGAAGCCAUUUUCGUCAAACGCGACAGUUCUGGCGACGAUAUUGAUCAGAUUCUCAAUCAGCGUGUGUCCCAGCCUCGAACUGUCAUGGGCACAUCUAUGCUUGGCCGUGAAAAGAACAGAGAAAGUGAUUCAGAACAAACCCCACCCGUGCCUCCUCCCAAACAACGGAAUAUUGACUCGACUCCAAUUGACUCCAGAAGGAUCGAUGUAUCCGAUGAUCCCAACUCGAUAUGUUUAUAUAAGUCGGUUGAAGAAUUAACAAAACCGCCCACGCCCAAGAAUGAUCUUCUUGAACCGGCCAAGCCCCCAGAUGAUUCCAAGGACGCAGCAGCCCAGCGUUUCAAGAAAGGUCACUUACGAUUGGCUAAGACUGAUGAUGGAGGAUGGCGGUUACAGGAGCUGGAAAACCACGAGGAUAAACGCCCCAUAUCCUCAUCAAUGACCAAUAUUGCCAUAUCGGAAAAGAAACCGGAAAGCCUCCGAAGUAAGAAGAAAAAGAAUAAUGGAGAUGAAGGAAGUGACAAGUCUGGAAAGAUCAUGCGACGGCCAUCCAUCAAGAAGCUCAGAGCUUUCUUCCAGAAGGACAAAACUGACAAGGAAGCUCAUCUCCAAUCGGCAGAUCAUUACAGCGGUUCGGGAGAAGACUCCCCCUCAAGUUGUUCGGAUCCGGAACUUGUUUCGGCACUCGCCAAAUUGCCCAAGUUUUAUCCGGAAUCCGUUAGUGUUCCUGCGAGUAUAGAAUCCUCUCCAUCCCUGGCUUCUAAAAGCGUUCCUAGCUCAUUGGAUCGCCGGGUGAUCAAAUCAAAAUCGCCCGAAUAUGCGAAUUUAAACAAGGAAGUGGACAAUAACAACAAAUUAAGUUGGGACCGGAGUAAACAGGUUGCUCUGAUGAAACCGUCGUCCUCGAGCGAAAAACUAGCAAUUAACUCAAAUCAUAAGGAGAGUAAACCGCUCCUUCCAAUCAAACGAAGCAAGAGCAUGAAGACCCUGACCAAGCCGUUUUCUGUUCUUCCAUACUUUCAAACUGAUCAUCGUAACAAGAAGCUCUCACUCCCACACCAAAGAGCUGUGUCUCCUCCGAAAAAUCUGAAUUUGCAAACGUCCCUUACAGAGGCCAGUCAUCAAAGACCUCCGCUCCCUGCGAGUGUUUCAGAAUAUAAUCACUACCACUCCCUUCAGUCGACGAUCCAAGCCGUGAAAGACUCAAAUGGAAGUUCGAAGAAAGCCAAAUUGACUGUCCAAGGCUCUCCUCCUCCAACUAAACCAAAACGUUAUCCCUUAGGUGCUGUUUCCGACCAAACCGAUCAGUCGUCAACUGAUAAUGCCAAUGCUCAAAGAUCCCCCGAAAGGAAUAAUUUCUUCGAGCGCCAAUUGGCGAAAAUUCAUGCCAAAAUGACUGCAGAGGAAGAUCCCAAUGUUCCUUUAGAACUCAGACGAACCUUGCCAAUGUUAGUCAAAUCUUCAGAAAACUUUGAUGAAAAGUCGAAACAAAUGCUCCAAGAGUGCCAAGAGUACUUGGCCAAGUCGCUUGAGGUGACGCCUAACCCCAGCUCGUUGUUUCGAAAUCAAAGCGCAGAGAAUAGUCCCAUCACCACAUUGCAAAAGGCUUCACCAGCUUCCUCGUACUUAUUUUCAUCCCAUAGCAGUCCAAGUAAUAGUUUCAACAAGUACAACCCCAAAAUGUCGACUCCACCCGGAACCAUUCAAAAGUCUGUGAGUAGUGUGACCGGGGCAAUUCAAAAAAACUUCUGUAGCCCAUCGGUGCGAUCAAUUACCGAACCUGCAGAUAAGAGAAGUGCUCCCCUUUCCCCGUUCUCUUUAAUGACGACUGCUCCUACAGACGAAAGCCGGGCUCUUCCGAAACAGUGUCCAUGGGAUCUGAAAGAGUCGCUGAACAUCAAGAUCGGAAGCCCACCAAAGUCGAAUGAUAAUUCGGGAUCGGCAGCCUCAUCGAUUGUGGUGGCAGAGGCUCAGAGAAAAAUCGGAGAUGCGUCAUCAGUCAGAUUGAAUCCUAGAGAGAGGCGUAAUUCCUUCCGAGAGGCUGUAGACAAGAGCCAAAAUAUUGCCGUUGGUCAUCGCCAUUCAGUUCCACAAAAGCACCAUCCACCGCCCCAAAGCUACGAAACGAUUUGGUUAGGACAAAACCCCAACUCUGACAGCGGACUUGAUGGCAAUAUUGCUGAACCCGCAUAUGUAAACGCUUACAUUCAUCACACGAAUCAAAAAGCCGAGCCUCAAAUGCCUCCGAACAUCUCCUCAAAGGAUGAUGCCCAGCUGAUGUUCUCCAGGAAUUAUCGCCAUAAAGAGCGUGAAGACCGACCGGAGCGGAACAGCACUUAUGAGAAUGUGGUCUCAUCAAGAGCUGUUUUGGACAAUGGGUAUGAGCCUGUCUCCUUUAACGCUGGGUUAGGCCUCAUGCGGAACAUGCCCAAUGAAAAAAUGUCCCCACAGCGAUCCCCCCACGAGGAAGAAAGAGGAGGAGGAAAAAAUGUUCUCCACCCGAGCCCACAACGUCCUUUAACUUUAGUGUCCUCCUCGUCGUUCUCAACAACGGGAUCAGGAGGCGGUCUUCCCAUGACAUAUUCCUCCCCCCUUCACAACAACCAAAGCCAGCUUCAAAGCGUUGGAUUGGUGGCCGAGGUUUUGAGCACUUUGUCACAUCCGGGAAUUCGGAGCAACCCCUCCCCUCAACGGGAGGCCGGCGUGUUGGUCAAACAAAACUCCAGCUCCAGCCUCUGUUCCAGUUCGCGAGGGAACAGUCAGAACAAAGGAGCUCCUCCACCUUAUAAGGAACCGCCCCAGCCGAGCAAACUUAAGUCAUUCCCAUUGUCCGCUCCAAAUCUUCAAACGCCCCAAUUUCAAGCUCAACCACAACAGAAUGAUCCUGGAGGAGAUGGGCAUUGGCGUAAGCCUGAUUUACCUGCCAAGGAAGGCCCUAGCAAUAGCAGCUCAAUUUAUGCCAAUGUGAACAAAAGUUAUCAACGAGGGAGGCAUUCCCGAGGAACAGCUCGAAACUCUACUAAAGAUGACACUGUUCUCUCGAACAAGACGGUUCGCCAACGUCGAUCCGCUAGUCAGGCUCCACCCACUAACCGUUUAAGCAUGGGUGAUUUCACUUACCAGAAUUAUCAGCCCCAAUCUUUGCAAGCAAGAGGAGGAAAGGGAGAUCGUGAUGACGCAAUUUAUUCUACAAUAUCUGGAGGACUCUCGGUUAAGGCUUUACCCACUGAUCCUAACCGCCCACCUUCCCAUCAAAUUCAUCCAGUACAACAACACCAAAGAGAACCGUCACCUCGACCCACCUUACUAAAUCGUUCAGCAAGUAAAAGUAUGGUGAAUAUGAAUGCAACAUCUAGGCCAGAUGGAUCCCCUCCCAACGGAGGCUUUGGCACAGAUUUUACAAGUUCGGCCGCUAACCCUAAGAAUACCGCAACACUAUCAGCUUCAUCGUCUCCAGCUCAUCAGAUCAACUCAAAACCGAUUGGAAGAACGUUGGUCGGUGUCCUUUCUGGAGCCGCUGCAAACAUCCGCUCAAAAUUUACAAACCUUAGCCAUCAUCAAACACAUGGGAUCGAUAGCUCAUCGUCUGUGUAUCAAGUCAAUCAAUCACCAUCUAGAAUGAAAGGAAAUGGGCCCCGAGCAAGUGGAGGGACAUCUGGGGCUGGUCUGGCUCAUCUUACCCAAACACCACAAGCUGUGAGAGAUUACGAAGACAUCCGUCGUGGCCAUAACGGUGGAUUGGAGCAAUCUCCUCAGAGUAUUCCAAUUACUGUUCCGGGAGCUGAAGGACUAAGUCGAAAUGGCAACUAUGAUUUUCCUCGUCGUCCUGACGUACGGCCUUUGGGUCCUCGUGAGGUGCCAAAUCAUUUUUCAGUUACGAAGCAAGCGUUUCUGUGAAGUUUUUUCUGCAUCGGCUUGAAUAUACAGCUAUGUUAAGGAUCUGUGCUGUUGAACGUACGUCGUUUUGCUGCUACCACGACUACUACUACUACUUUUUAUUCGCCUCCCCCGCUGUUUCUUGCACAGAUGUACUUUGUGAGCAGUAACUUUAAUGACCACUCCUCAAGUGAAACUAACCUUACGCUUAAAACCACCCACUGCUAUGUUAAUCUACUCGAUGCUAUUUGAAUUUGAAACCAAUCGAAACAAAUAUCGUCCUCAUUCAUAUGUCCCUUUGUCCUUAUUUCUACCCUGAGAAUCAAGACAUCAUGUGCUUAAAUGAUCGGGUAUAAAUAAUAACCGUUGUUCAAAAAGUGAGCUCCCUAUUGACAUGACGUCAUCGUCUCUUUAGCUCGCUAGGCCAAUUUGAUCCUUGCCAUGAUGACUCGUAACUGACCAACACUAAAUGAGGACAUGGAUAAGUUUCUUCUUAAGUGAGGAUUAUUUUUCCGAAGCUGGGCGUGCAAGCUCUAUUUUGAAAUCACCAUCCAUGAUAUUGUACACGUUUAUGGCUGCUGAGAUCGUACGGUUUCAGUGUCACUAGAUUUCUCCUCUGUGAUGCCUUCUAAUAUUAUUGAUAAUGUUCGUUGCCAUAAAAUAAACAACGGAAGAUACUACUGA